AUGACGUCAGCAAACGGCAAGUCUACAUUUCUGCCUUCCACACCAGGCAUGGAUGGCACGCGGUCCUUUCUGGCCUUCGACGAGCUCUCGUCAUCACCCCGAACGCCAGCGCAGGCGGGUUCUGCCACCUCCAGUUCUCCGGCCCUUGACGGUAGGGCACAAGUGUCUGGCAAAUUGUCCUUGGCACCAGCGAGUCCAUCUGCAGGUCGAGGCGGAGCUCCUCAGCCUGCACCCGGUGGCCCGUCCAAUCGGUCUCUGGUCCGAGACGAAGAGCUGUGGGAGACGGUGGAUACGGAGUCACCCUUGAUGGGCUCGACGGACGGCUCGGAUCCAUCAGAUGUGCCUGCACAGGAUGGACCAUCUGCUUGGGAUAGCUGGAACCCGCGCAAUCCCAGGGCUUCCGCACAUGGCAAACUUAAGGCCUUGGAACGACCUGCACCCAACUCGCGCGGAAGCCGUUUGGGCGCGUUGUUGGGCAAGAGUGGAGCGGCCUCAACACCGCCGCGAGAGCCUUCUGCAGCGUUCGAACGCGAAGCUUUUCCCGUUGCUGCUCAGUCUAGAGAUUCUGAGCGACCGGCAAGAGCGCAGGUGGGAUCGUCUAGCAGCGCUUCGACGUCUUCUGAUGGCGAAAACGUCUUUAGACAUGCGCUGCGGACGGAGCGCGGACCGGAGUCGCGCGCAGUUGCAGAGCAAAGCGGGACCGCAUCGGCAGCGAUGGGUAGAAAAUUAUCGAAAAGCAGUCCUGUCUCUCCUAGCCCAUCAUCGACAGUCGCGGCAGAGCAGCCGCCUUCGCAAACCAGCCCCAACGUUUCUGCUGCGGCUGACACACUCGAGCCGCGAGUGAGGACAGGCAGCGUCGCGGCGAUGGCAGCAAGAUGGGGCGGCUCGUCCCUCAAAGACGCACACAUUUCCCAAUCAAAAGGCUCCGCUCCCGUGCCGGCGCCGCCUCCGCGACCCGAGAGAUCACCGCGAGAGCCGGGUCGACUGAGCUCUGCAUUUGCAUUGUCCAAGUCGCCUAGAUCUGCCAAAUCUCGCAGCAGGUCACGCGAUCGUGAUCAGAACGAGAAUGCUCGCGGUUCUGCGAGUCGAGCCUCGCCGCCAAGUCCAACACGACCAAGGCCAGACAACAAAGGUCGGAUCGAUAGUAAUCUCUGGCGCAAAGUCUCCGACAUCACUAGGAACGCGGACCAAGCGAUACCCAAUCCAGCUUCUUCUGUGAGUUCUGGCGAAAGUCCGAACGAAGGGCUUGGCAUCAGCAGCCCACGUCGGGCGUUGAACCGGACGGCUUCUCAUGGCGAUCUGAUGUCGCCAAGUAACGAUGACGUCUACACCGGAAAUAACUCCACUCAUCUUGCCAAUGGAGAUGUGUCGACGAGUUCUGCGGGAGAUGUGAUUAGUCCAGGCGCAGCAUACAAAGCUCAGGCCUUAUAUGGAGGUCAGGGGAACGCCUCUGCAUCUCUGACGAGCAACGACAGCUCCACGACCAGCAACACAGGAAGGGGCAGGCUCAGCAGGCUCCAGUACAACAAACCGGACCGCAUAUCCAUCAUCGGUGACAGGAGCUGGGACCUGCCAUCCCAACGCGGGGCUAGCGCAGGUGAAGGGAGUGACAUAUCGAGACCAACUACGACAAGGCGAGAAGGUGCAAAAGCGCAGGAUUUAGGUAGGCCAGACAAUGCGCACUCAAAUCGGUUCGAAGGCUCCUCCAUCAAUCAGGAUGGUCCUUUGCCCGCUUUGAGUUCUCAUCACAGACAAACGCAAAGCGUCUCGAGUGCCCCGAGAUCGAGUCACAACGAGCAGCGACUGAGCACGGCACCGCAUCGCGAGCUUCUGCUUCCUGCGCUCACCAGCGUCAGGUCAGCAGAAGCGACGUACAGUCUGUCUAGGCACGCAUCGACUGAGUACGGCGCUACCCACGAACCGAAGUCUUCCGCUGCGAAUGUGCUGGCUCAUGCUCGGGAGGACUUGCAGCUAGCGAACGGAAGCGGGUUAGACGCCGAUGACGAGGCGAGUCCGAGCACCACUGGAACCACAUCGGCUUCGCGUCAUGGCAGAUGGAGUCAGCGAAGCCACAACACUUCCCUGGGCGGCUCGAGCGAUGCGGGUUCUCUUACAUCUCCGGGGACCAGCAUUGGAGGGCAUCGCCUAUCACAAAACGCUCGUUAUUCGGGUCAUACCUCCGGAAAUGCGGCUGGGAGCGUGCGCCCCACGGGCAGCGCUGCAGCAGCGCCAGUAGAUGAAUCCCAGCCGCCCCCCACGCCGGGCCUGAGUGAUGUAGGCUCACCACGCUUUGGCAUGCUUUCUGAUGCUGAUAUCGCAGAGCUGGGCACAGUACCCGGCGUCUCUCCAGCUUCGCUCCUCAACGCAAAUGGUGCUCCUCUCAGUUCCAAGAGCGUCCUCACCAUCGCUCUGCAAAAAGCACAGAGCGCUGUAGUCAUGGACAGCGAUAACAAUGUGCCAGAGGCUAUAGCGGCGUACAAGCAGGCCGUCAGGUUGCUGCAAGAAGUAAUGGAUCGUAUUGCCCCAAAUCGGCCGCGGAAGAACAAGAGCAGCCGCGAGGAAGAGCGUAGGCGUUUGCGCGUCAUUGUGAGUAGACUUGAAAGUGCUCGCGAUGUCGCAUCUAUCACCCGCGCAAGGGUUCGAGCGCAGCGCUGAGCUGACCGCUGACUGCUCUCCUCGUAGCACGACACUUACGCGGAACGGAUACGCUUGCUGUCACUGUUGUACGAACCAGACGAAGAGAUCGCUAGCGCUUCAACUGAAGAUGGUGAUUGCUCGCCUCAACGCAGCGCCGAUGUGCAAGUCCCGAAGCAAUCUCCCCCAACAAACCGGUCACGAGGGACUAUACAGUCUUCGCUCGCAUUUCCCCGUCAGCCAGAGUCCGAGGCCGCGGACGCGCACUUCCGAGCGGAUAUUCGGCCAUUAGAAGGGGCGACGGGCUCAAAUGAUGUCAAAAGAGACGUCGCUCGCAGCUCUCUCACUACACCUUCUAUCUCCGUACAAGCUGAGCAGGUACAGCGCAAUCGGUCACGAGAUUCAACCCGGGACAGUCUCGACGACCAAGAGGUAUUGGCGGAAAAUGGACACAGACUUCCACGUCCGAACGCUGGGCACCACGAAGCGCAUCGAGAUCGAUCGGAUUCAGAAAGCUCGUUCAGAUCAGCUGUGGGCACUGGGCCUGGCUUGCCUUCCGGCGCUCUUCGAGUUCCCGACAUUACGCGUGCUAGCACUGCCUUGUCCGUUGGGCUCGAAGAAGAGUUCAAGACGCCGACCACGCCGUACUUUGAUGUAGACCCCAAUCUGUCGAUCGACGAUUUGCGCAGCGCAAGUACGCCUACCAGGCGCUCUUUAGACGAUUCUUCUCGGCCUGGACGGUCGUCCGAAUCCCGACGAGUGUACGAGCACCAAUCCAACUUGGGGUCCGGAGCUACAGGCUCUCUCUCUGGUGUCAGUCAACGACUCAACGUUGAACGACCUCUUAGAAGCCAUGGCACAGCGAUGGAGCGUCGAUCUAGUAGCGAGAGCAACGCCUUGGCUGCAGUCAACGCAGCUGCAGCAGAUAUGGGCUCUGCGAUCUCUACGCCCCGGACGAGUGGGGCCCACCAGCUCGAUCUGGCGCAGUCCACGGCCGACGCUGCGUCAAGCCAGACUAGGCUCAACGCAAGCGCUGCGAAAGGGACGACCAAUGGGGCGGCUUCAAGCCCCCACCAGCCUCGUCUGCUUGUAAGCCCUUCGGUCUCACGCGGGACCAUCAGCCAGCGGCGACAAAAGGUGCCGCACUUUCUGGACGUCAUGCCGGCGGCAAGGGCCCCUUCGCCCGGUUCUAAUGCGUCUUUAUCGGGCAACAGCUUGCUUGCCACUCCCACAAUGGAAGCGCUCACUUUUUUCGAUGCGCAGCGGACCGGCUCGGAAAAGAGCUCGAGCUCGCCAAGAAUGGAGCGCACUUCUGCUGGACCCCAUGGAUCUUUCGUCCCGUCGCCACCUCAUUCUGGAGGUCAGCUGGACUCGGCUGGUCGAAAGAGGGCUGCUUCCCAACCCGGAAAUCGUCGACCCCCUUUACCGGCGCAGUUCUUGCCGUCGAAUGGCGAAGGUGCACCGCCGAUGCCCCGGAUAAGCCGCAAGUCAUCUAUGCCAGGCUCUCCUGCUGGACCGUUGACUCCGGGUGCAGCCGCGACGGGCCUGCGUGUGUACGCUUCGACAAACGCAGCACAGGCUGCAGCGACGCAAAGAUUACACCCAAUGUCUAGAGCGGUGUCGGCCGGCCGCAGCCCCUCGAGUAGUGAUCGAGCGGGGCAAGCUCACUCAAAUAGCCAAGCGUCGGCAAUGUCUUUCGUCUUCCCUUCGGGUCUGCACUCGGCAUCGCGUGGCCAUCCUUCGUUUGCGUCUGGCAUCAAGGUCACAAUUCUACCCUGGUUAGGCGUGGGAGGUGGACCAGCGGAAUCGUCUAUCGCUCCGCCGAUUCCCAUCGACCCAUCCCUGCGGCCUUUCCAUCUCAUGCGUCAGCUGCAUUUGAGCAUCGUCAAGGGCGCUUUCGUCACCCGCAAGCUCUACGUGCCCAAGGAGUUGUGGGCGCAACAGGGAGCCAAGCUUUCAUCGCUGGAAAGCAAAAUUCGAGUGCUCUUGCUCGUCACAAGCGCGGUGCAAGGUCUGGAGACGGCCGGUGAGGCUUUGCUUCAGCCAGUAGGCGAUGAGCCUGGCUUGCUCGUGGCCCAGGGGGCAUACUUUGGAAAGCAGCUGGAAGAGUUUGACGCCUUGCUCGUGGAAGCGCAAAAUAAUGUUGCCAAAAAGCUGAGCUAUAUUGACGCGAUGGCCGGCAAAAAGACUUCGGUGAGUUUUGUCAGGGACUUGCUGAUCGACAUGGCUUGAUAGAUGCUCAACAAGUCGCGCGCUCGCAGGGUCUCGGUUCCUUUGGAUCGAAGCUUACGCGUGGGCUGGAUCGCAUGGCAAACGGCGGGAAAGGCGUGGACUCGCCCGCGACAUACGUAGACGCGUUGUCCCGCACGUUCACCCGAUCACAAGUGCUAGGUGAGUGGCGAUGACAUGAAGCCCUGAUGCAAUUUCUGCUAAUCGCUGUGCCUUACGUUUGCAGGUUCGCAUUUGGUCGCAAUCCUGCGUGCAGAAGGCCGCACUGGUCUCGCGCAAACGCCUGCUGCAGCAGGUUUGGAGGCCUAUGCUGCUCUUCCUGCGGAGUUGCGGGCGAUCAUUGAGGCCAGGCUGAGACGAGCUUCUGACUUUUACGCCAACGUCAUCGUUCGCAUCGCUGUACACGAUGUGCAUGUUCUCUCCGAACGGUGAGCAUUUAUUCAGCAGAACGGCGAUCAACCGCACCAAUCUGACGAGGUGCGUGCUUCUUUUGUACAGGCUGUCAAAACGCGCGCAUGCCGCUCUCUUGGAAUGA